AUGGCGAAAGAUGACAUGGCAGAGGUAGAGCUGGCCCCGAGCGGAGCGGAGCCCCCCGGCGAGGCCCCCCCGGCCUUUCCCUACGAGGAGUACGAGUGCAAGAUCUGCUACAAUUACUUCGACCUUGACCGCCGGGCCCCGAAGCUCCUGGAGUGCCUGCACACAUUCUGCGAGGAGUGUCUGAACACGCUGCACCUCCGGGAGGAGCGGCCAUGGCGCAUCAGCUGCCCCGUCUGUCGCCACCGCACCCCGGUGCCGGACUACCGGAUCCAGAACCUGCCCAACAACACCAAGGUGACGGAGGAUUUCCCGCUGUACAUGGACUCGGACCCGCUGCCUCAGGACGCCCUGCCGCCCUACCCGCCGCCGCUGCACCCGGCCCUGGUCGCGCUCCGCCGGGAGGAGGCGUCGGGGGCCGGGUGCAGCACCAGCCAGGCGACGCCGUCCACCACCGUGUCCACCGCCACCACCCUGUCCCAGGACUCCGUGCGCUACGACAGCUGCCAGAGCUGCAAGCGGGUGGCGCUGACCACCGGCUGCGUGUGCGUGAUCUUCUCCUUUCUGUCCAUGCUGGUGCUGCUCUUCAUGGGCCUGAUCUUCGUGCACAGCCACAGCAUCCCCCCCUCGCCGGCGGGACCCAUUUGCCUGUCGGUGGCCAGCAUCCUGGCCAUGUUCUCGGUGGUCGUCACGUGGCUCAUCUGCUGGCUCAAAUACAGACCGGACCAUGAGACUGGCCGCUCGUCCGCCACCAGUAACUCCCGGAGAAACGCCUGA